AUGUACGGCUGGGAUGGCAGCGACUGCAAGGAACACCACUUUAAAGUAAACGAAGAAAAUGCAAAACCAAAUAGAAAAGUGUUCUGUAAUAUACUAGAGUGUGUUGGCAAUACACCACUAGUGAGGCUUAACAAAAUACCUAAAGAAUACGGGCUUGAAUGUGAAAUAUAUGCAAAAUGUGAGUUCUUAAACCCAGCUGGGUCCAUCAAGGACCGUGUGGGAUUGGCGAUGCUGAGGGAUGCGGAGUCCCACGGAGUCAUUCAUGACGACACCAUUUUUGUUGAGCCCACUUCUGGUAACACUGGUAUAGCUGUUGGGUAUGUUGCCUCUCUCCGAGGUAACGACAGCAUAAUUAUAACAUCUGUGAAAAACUCUGACGAUAAAGUUAACACUAUGCGCCUGAUUGGAUCAAACGUGAUCCAAAUUAAGGAAACCGAGUCCAGCUCAGCGCUCGCUCGUAAAAUAAAAGAUGCUGAUCCUAAACGUGUAAUCAUGUUGAAUCAGUUCGAUAAUGAUGUCAACCCACGGGUUCAUUAUGAACAUACAUCAAUCGAGAUAGCUGAUGCUUUAGGCGAUGUGGACAUGGUGGUGAUGGGAGCUGGCACUGGUGGGACUAUGAGCGGCGUGGGACACCGCCUCAAGGAGCGCAACCCUAAGUGCUUGGUGAUCGCAGCUGAACCUGACGGCUCUACAAUGUUCAACAAAAAUGGGAAAAAACACUCCUUUUUGGUGGAAGGGAUUGGAGGGUCGAAGCCUCCAAUAGUAGUCGAUGCAACUAUCGCAGACGGUUUCGAAGUUGUCACCGAUGAAGAAGCUUUUCUAAUGGCACGAGAUCUGAGCAGAAAAGAGGGCAUGUUAUGCGGUGGAAGCAGUGGCGUCGCAAUGAUGGCUGCGCUGAAAGCUGCAAAGCGUUAUAACUUAAAAGCUUGCCAGCGAGUUGUGGUGAUCCUGCCGGACGGAAUCCGCAAUUACAUGACUAAAUUCGUCAGCGACCAAUGGAUGGAAGCAUAUCGCUUCUUGGAGCCUCCAGAACACACCAUGAAAUGGUGGAAAAAUCCUGUUAGUGAUAUACGAACGAGAAAUUAUCCUGUGAUUAACAUAGGAUAUACAUGCUCUUCUGCACUGCGAGCGAUGAAGAGUCAGAAAAAGACAUUGGCAAUCGUGGUAGACGGAAAUGGAUAUUAUGUGGGAAUUGCUUCCAAAGAUGGGUUUAGAAACUACGCUACGAACCCAACGAAGUUGCCAAUGGAAAACUCCGAAGAGUUCGAUUGGGAGAGUCCAGUUACAGACUAUAUGGUGAAGCACGUGCACAUCUUGGCGCUCAACUCGAAAAAAGGAAUGCCAAGUGUUGGUUUGUUGUCUAGAGUACUCGACAUUACACCAUUUGUACUUAUUGGGAAUGAAAUCGAGAAUGGAGAACAUUUUGUGCCAAAAGGCAUAGCCACAAGUGAUGAGGUUCUGGAUUACAUUUACCAGCAUGCUGCUGUAAAAUCAUACUAAACCUGAUGAACACACCUACCUACUGAGAUAAUUAAAACAACCCUGGCUAAGUGAAAAUGGACAUCGAUAAAAAUAAAUAUGUAACCUUACAAUA